AUGGUCGCAGUUUGGAAGCUUGAAAUAACUCACUCAGAUAAGGAAGCAAAUGUUGAAUCGGCUAUUAAUUUACUGAAUAAAACACUGGAACAGAAUGAUAUUACAUUCACAGUUUUGGAUGGACAACGCAAAACGGAGCUGAAGCUAUCAAAAGCAAGUUUGGGUGCUAUUCCGUCGACUUGGGGUCCAAUGCCAGCGCCAGCCCCGUCGUUUCGUGGUUACACCGGUGGAUCGAUGUUCGUACUGGGCUUUUUCAUGCUUCUGCUCGGGGCAGCAAUUGGAGUUGGCGUGGUUUAUUUUGUCUGGAAGCGGCAACAUCUCGGCAGUCUUGCUUAUCAAGUUUUCGAAUAA